GUGAAAUUUCCAAAUCGACGUGAAUCACCUUUACUUCAAAAACCACAAGUGUUAUGCCCUUUUGUGAAAUAGUUUGAACUUCAUCCACCAUGAUGUUUAGCCGAAAUAUUUUGUGCCUUCUAAACAUCAUUUGUCAUGUCACAUCAUUGUUGGCAUUAAAAAUAAAACCUGGGUCAAUUAAGCCUGAUAUUGGAUUACCAACAGGACUGAUUAAGUUACACCCACCAGGCAACAUAACAACAGGGUAUGUGGGGAUGUAUAACAUAUAUAUUUAUUGGUAUGAACCAGAGAACUACCAUCUGAAAAUACCUUUCUUCAUGGAUCUAUCUAGUGUUGACCCCAUUGACAGACCUAUCAGUGGAAACCAGUUGUCUACUCAUUCCCAACCUGAAAAGACAUACAAUGUAGUUACAGAGAAACCAGCAGCUGGAACCAGUACAGAAGAGAAGAUGAAUGUAUCAACCUGGGUUGGACAUGAACUGGUUCCUUUUCACAAGGCUCACUUAAUAGAAUACAUGGUAAAAUGGAAGGAAAAUGGAACAGAAACAAACAAUACAAUUGUUAAUUUGUCCAAGAAUGAAACAGAGUACCACAUGAAAGGUUUACAGCCAGACACCACAUACCAGAUUUCAGUGACAGCUUACUAUAAGAGUAUAACUUUUAUGAAGAGUGAAGAUAUUUAUGUAACAACAUUAGCAGAACUAAAUACAACUUCAACUUUUAUACCUGAUGGUGGUUGUUACUGUGAUCCAUAUGGUGCGAAGGAAAACGGGAAAAAAUGUCACAAAGUUAAAAUGUAUCCUGCACUCUUGAUUCCUCAGUGUGACUGUAAGCAAGGUCAUAGUGGGUUGUUCUGUGAGAAUUGUGCACAUACAUAUUUUAGAACACAAAGACGUCACCCAUGUUAUCCUUGUCCGUGCAACAGAUCAAUCUCUACUGGAUUGUGUGAAUUUGAUGAGGAUAAACUUCAGUGCAUAGGGUGUAAAGAAGGAUACGGAGGAAGGCGGUGUGAGAAAUGUGUAGAUGGAUAUUUCCGUCACUCAUCAGACAAACCUUGUACGAAAUGUAUGUGUCACAGCAGAUCAAAAUAUUGUGAUAGGACAGGCCAUUGCAUGGCAUGUGAAGAAAAUACUACUGGUUACAGCUGUGAAAGAUGUCAAGAUGAUUACAUAGGAGACCCAAUGCAUAAACGACCUUGUAUUCAUAAAGAUAAAAUAAAAGCAACAUCAGCACACACAGGAGGAAUAGUCGCUGGAGUUUGUAUUGGUUUGUUGAUUCUGAUAGGAGUUGUUGUGGGAUAUGUCCUGUAUCGUAAAUGGCACAACUUUCCAAACGGCAACAAAUUCUGGACUGUGGAGCUUAGAGAUGAUCAUGAGAGAGUUAACUUCAGUGCUUUGCCAGAAGAUGAAAUUCAAGCACGCAGAAUGGACUAUGAUUUUUAUCAAGAUCAAGGUGGAAAUCGUGGAAGAGAUGGGUCACAGAAAUAUUCCCAUUUACAAGAGAUUUGAUGAUAGGGAAAUGUAGAUUUAUAUAAAUGUUUGGGGAUUCAAAUAUCCAAGUUUUGUGAGUUUAAUUGAAAAAUGGAUCUGCGUGCAGUGAAACUUAUAUCAUGUAUAUUAUACUAUGGUCCUUUUACAUGAUGGUUAAUUGGCAAAUGGUCCUUUUGGCAUAUUGUUAAAUUAGCCUGUGACCCAAUUGCCAUAUUGUUAAUUGGCAUGAAUCAAGAAUCAGACUAUUGCAUCUGAUAUGUUUGUUUUUUAAAGUUCCAUUUUUUUGUUGUUGCCCCUCAAACAACUUGGUUUAUGUAGUUAGUGCAAUUGUUUCAUUAUUGCUUAAUUUGAGGUUUAAAUUCUUUUUAACCAAUGGCAAAAGAAGCAGCUUAUUGACACCCUCUUUAUGCCAUGGGUGAGCAUUUUUGUCUAUAUCAGUAUGAAUAGCAAUCGAUCUACAAAAAAGAUUUUUUUACAAAGUUACCAUACUUCCUUUCAUAUAUUAGGAUGGGUUUCUUGCAAAUUUAAAAUUAAGUGAUUUAAUGUUGACCACGAAAUACUGUGACAACCAGAUAACCAUAAGAACUAUUUAAUGGCUGUUCACUCAGCAUUUUUUAUGAAUUAUUUUUUUUUUUUUCGUAAUACUUUUGAUUUUUUUGGCACAGGUUUUCCUUUCACCUUUUGAAAUAGAACUUGACUCAUUCCGAAAAUUUUAACAGUAAAAAAGUUUAAAUUUAACCGAAAUAAAGCUUGACUGAAAAACUAGCUGCUUAAAAGAAAGAAAAUAUAGAGACAAUUUCAUGUCUUUAUUUUUAGAAUAAACUUUCAUUUUGUAAUAGUGCAGUUUGGAAUAAUUUCUGUUUCAGAUGAAUAGAGCACUUCAUUCCUGGUACAAAAAAAUAUGUACAUCAAUGAAGUGAAGACCAUUUGAAUGAAUUUUCAAUGUAACUGAAUCUCAAUAUUUUUUAAAGCCGUUCAUAAAUUAAACUCUUCAUAUAUACAAAUUUCAACAUAAUUUGGUGUUAGGUAACUGUACAUUACAUACCUUUUUGUAGAUUAAUAAAAAAUGACAAUAAGGUUUAUUUUUAUGCCCCACCUUGGGGCAUUAUGUUUUUCGGUCUGUGCAUCUGUCCGUUCGUUCGUCCGUUCAUUCGUCUGUCCGUCUAUCCCGCUUCAGGUUAAAUAUUUUGGUCAAGGUAGUUUUUGAUGAAGUUGAAGUCCAAUAAACUUGAAACUUUGUACACAUGUUCCCUAUGAUAUGAUCUUUCUAACUUUAAUGCUAAAUUAGAGUUUUGACCCCAAUUUCACGGUCCACUGAACAUAGAAAAUGAUAGUGCCCGCUUCAGGUUAAAGUUUUUGGUCAAGGUAGUUUUGGAUGAAGUUGAAGUCCAAUCAAUUUGAAACUUAGUACACAUGUUCCCUAUGAUAUGAUCUUUCUAAUUUUAAUGCCAAAUUAGAGUUUUGACCCCAAUUUCACGGUCCACUGAACAUAGAAAAUGAUAGUGCGAGUGAGGCAUCUGUGUACUAUGGACACAUUGUUGUUUUAUAUAUAUUCUGUUUCAUUAAAGAACAAAUCCUAACCUUUAGAUAUUCAGGGAUUGUUUUGUAUAUAUAUAUAUGUAUUAUAUAUUGACUGAAAGAGGGAUGUGUUCUGUCAAAUACAGUGGAACCUGUCAAAAGUAAACUUUGUCACUUUACCAGGUGUUAUUGUAACACAAAUAUUGAAUAACAGAAGGAUUUUCUUUGUAAGUCGUUUUAUCCUGCAAUCUGCCAACUAUCUUUAAUACAAAUAAUAGGUGUACAAAUAAAUGUUUUAUUUAUAUUUAUUCAAAUAGAGGCUUCUUUCAUCCUGUUCCUAUGAUAAGUGAUUAGUAAAGUUAAAAUUAUUGCUUUUGUGACAAGAGCAAUAAUUUUAACUUUCAUUUUAGGAUUCUCUUUGCUUUCCACUUUCAAUCCCAGUCAAUUUCUAUAAAAAUGUUACUUGCUGAUUUCAAAGCUAAAUCACAGAAUAUGUAGCCUUCUCAAGCCCUUUAUAUGUUUGUUAGGGAGUUCAAAUAAAAUUUAUAUUUUCCAACAAUGUACAUCUAUUGUAUACAAGAUACAAGAUAUCAAUUUAGGCAGUUUUGUAUACAAGAAUGAUGGGUUUCACUAUAUUAUUAUUAAAUAUGAAUUUCUUUUAAUAUGUGUUUAAUAAUUUAAAUGUCAUGUUUUAGUGCUUUUAUUUAGUAUAUUUAAUGUAAACAAUUUUGGAUGAUUUGGUCAUAUGUAAUAGAAGAUUUAUCUUCUGAUUGUACAGUUUUUUAAAAGUACACUGCAUAGUUUGUAAAUAUUGAAUUAAUGUCUUGCACAUUAAUACUUUUUGUAUAUUCAUAAUUUCAUAUUACUAAUUAACUGUAAUGGGUUUCAUCUUAGUUAUACUUAGAUUGUAUAUUGUUAUCAAUUUUUCUCCAAUUUUUUAACUAGUUACGUGUGAUCGAUUUUUAUCUACCCUACAAUUCCAAAAGAAAAUAUAUGACAUAGAAAAAUUGACAUUUUGACACAAUUUUUUCACUAGGUGUAGAAUUUCUUGCCAUCACCCUAUUUGAAUAGUUUAGAUUGAAUCUAAACAAUCAUCUUUUCCUUCUGUCUAAUCAUCCAACAAAUAUGUUUGUCACUGUUUUCUCAGAAACUUAGAAACUUCAUAUUUAGUAAGCAGCUUGACAGUGAUGAGUUAUAAGGUAUGAACAUUUUUUGGAUCUGUCAAAUUUCAACGUCCUGUUUGUCUAUACUUUGAUUUUUUCAAUAUGUUGAAUGAACUGAAAAUUUUUCGUCACAUUUUUUUAUCCGAAGCUACUAAACAGAAUGACCUCAUAUUUGGUCAGUGAUGAUUUGUAAUGUAUGUGCUCUAUUGGGAUCUGUCAGCCAUAUACUUCCCGAUUCCAGAUACUAUUAGUACUAAACAUUGUGUGAUGAAUGACUGAUGAGACAUUUGCCAGAAGAGUAUUCCAGGCACAAAUAUCCUGCUCUAUAAGUUUAAGAUUAAUUUUGGAUCUUUAAAAAGUUUUAAAUAAUAAAUAGGCAUCUAGUAUUGUCCAUUUCAUGCUAAAUUGAUUAUUUAGAAAUAAGGUUUAUAUUGUAUAUUGUCUCUUCAAAGAUACCUAGAUCAUUAUUCAGUGCGUCAUCGAUUUAAUACUAAAUCUAAUACAAGUUUUCAAUAAAAUGUAUCCAAAAAUAAAAAAAAAAACAGGCCUAUCAAUAAUUUGCCCCAUGCAAAUUUUAUGAAACUCAUACACAAUACUAAGAACCAAAACUUGCAGACAGAGUUCGAAUUUGGGCAGUGAGUCACUUACCUUUCUAGAGUUAUGCCCCUUUAUAACUUAGAAAAUUGUAAAUUUUUUCGUUUCCACACACUUACUCAAGUUUGUCUCAUCCAAAUUUUAUGAAACUCAUAAUACCCCUUUUGAACUUGGAAAAUUGCAUGGCUUGAGUGGGAGCAUUCGUGUCCUUGGACACAUUCUUCUUUGAUUUUUUAUUGUCUCACCUUGACGGACUCAAAAAGCGAGACAUAGGUAUGCUGUUUACGGCGGCGUCAACAAUGUAUAAGUUUGUGAUUAGGUUUAGUUCAUAGUGAACCACUAGUGGUAGGUCAAUGAUAUUUGGUAUGCAGUUGUAUUGGCACAUCUCAUUACCAUGGAGAUUAUUUGGCCCUGCCCCCUCAGUCAAGGUCUAUUGACUUUGAAACUUUUCAUAGUUUACAUGUAUUAGUUUGUGAUUAGGUCAAUUUAUGGGGAAUCACUAGUGGUAGGUCAAUGACAUUUGGUAUGCAGUUGUAUAAGCAUUGGCAUAUCUCAUUUCCAUGGAGAUUAUUUGGCUCCGCCCCCUUAGUCAUGGUCUAUAGACUUUGAAAAUUUUGCUAAGUUAUCAGGUAUUAGUUUGUGAUUAGGUCAGUUCAAGGGGAACCACUAGUGGUAGGUCAAUGAUAUUUGGUAUGCAGUUGUAUUGGCACAUCUCAUUACCAUGGAGAUUAUUUGGCCCUGCCCCCUCAGUCAAGGUCUAUUGACUUUGAAACUUUUCAUAGUUUACAUGUAUUAGUUUGUGAUUAGGUCAAUUUAUGGGGAACCACUAGUGGUAGGUCAAUGACAUUUGGUAUGCAGUUGUAUAAGCAUUAGCACAUCUCAUUUCCAUGGAGAAUAUUUGGCCCCGCCCCCUCAGUCAUGGUCUAUUUACUUUGAAACUUUUGCUUAGUUUACAUGUAUUAGUUUGUGAUUAGAUCAGUUUAAGAUGAACUGCUAAUGUUAAGUCAAUGAUAUUGGUAUGCAAAUUUAUUGGCAUUUGCAAGACUUAGUAUUGUUUCCAUGGAGAUUAUAUAGCCCCACCCCUGAUCAUGGUUCAUUGACUUUGAAACUUUUACAUAGUUUACAAGUUAAUGUUUGAGUUUAGGUUUGUUUAAAGGGAACAACUUAUAAUAAGUCAAUGGUAUUUGGUAUGCAGUUGUAUUAGCAUUGGCACAUCUCAUUCCAUGGAGAUUGUUUAGCCAUGUACCUUCAGUCAUGGUUCAUCGACUUUGAAUAUUUGCAUAACUUACAUGUUAAAGUAUUGCUAUUUUAAUUUCAACAUUUGCAUUCUCAAAAUUACAAAAAGGAGAGACAUAUCUCUGUGAUAACAGUUUAUUAAUUUAUCUACCAUGCAAGGCAUUAUUACUUUUACAUGAAUAGGGUUUUAGUAAAAACAUAUAAAAACAACCAAAUCUCAUGUAAGCUGUUCUUUGCUCCUUCUGUGUAAAUCUACUUGAUAUUCCUGUAGAUCCCUCCCCUAGAACAUUUUCCCCACUUUAAAUUCAUGUAUAAUACAUAUGUAUAUGUUGAUAAAUAUUUAUAUUUUGUAUGAAACUUAUUUCUAAUUUUAAUGAAUUGAUUUCCCUAUUUUUAGAAUCUUCAAAUGGACCAUUAAUAAUUUUGGUUACUUCAUCCUGUCCCCAGAUAUUGCCUCUUUAUCAUAUAACACUACACUGUGUAUAUAUAUAUACAUUGUAUAUAUGAAUAUAAAGCUUAAUUUUUAAUAUUGUAAUUGUUUUGUUAUGUAUGUUUUAAAUUAUUCACAUUCCCAUUUUUAACUAAGUGUCUAAUAAUUGUCAUUGUAAUUUUGUGCAAACAUGAUUGUAGUCAAAAGCUAUCCAUGAUAACUUACUGUUAAUGCAGAAAUCUUUGCGUCAAUUUAUUAUUGCGAUUUUUUUUUAAAAUUAACAAAAAUGCAAGAAUUAUUGAGAUUUCAGUAAAUUCUGCAUACAAAUUAGAAAAGCAAGUUUUUAUUUUUGUGAAACAUAUUCUGAUUCAAUUUUCUCAAUAAAAAAAAAAAUUUCACGAAUAUUUUUGAAUACACAGUAAAUGUUCAUGUAGUGGUAGAUAACACUGUUGGAAUUCUCAUGGUUUCAAGUUAGCUAGUUCAGUGUGCAAGACUCAUGAAAGAGAGCUGAACUAGAUGAAUCUAGUUAAAUAAAUUUCCAUUUUUUCCUCAAUAUAUAAUAGUUCAUAUAGUCCUCGGAAUAUAUACCUAGUUAAUACAUAUCAGAACUUAUAAUCUUUUAAAACUAUUGAUUCUUGUAUUGAUUAUGUUUUAUUUUGGUGCUUUGUGUCUAUUGGUUUAUUUUUGUAAGUAGUUUUUAUGCCUCGUACCAAUUUUUAGAGUUAAGCCAAUUGCAACUGAUUUUUACAGUUUGUUCUUAUGUUGUGCUGUUUCAUCACUGUCCUGAGUUAGGGGGAGUGUUGAGUGCUCAUAAACAUUUUUAAACCCGCCACUUUCUUUAUAUGUUUGUCCCAAAUCAGGAGCCUGUAAUACAGUGGUUGUUGUUGGUUCAUGUCUGUCAUAUUUGCUUUUGGUAUAUUGUUUUGUUAUAAAUUAGGUCGUUAGUUUUCUAGUUUGAAUUGUUGUACGUUUUUCAUACCAUAACUCCUCAUUUUUAUAUUUAAAGUAUUUAAUGACUGUUUUUCUUAAUUCGCUUUAUUCUGAAUUUUUCCUCUCCGUCAAAGUAUUUUUUUUUAGACCACAUGUAUUUUUAUAUUGCAUCAUGUAAUUUGUGCACUUAUUAGGCAUUAAAUCUAUGUCAAUACGUUAAGCAAAGGGAUUUAAUUAUCUUAAUUGGGGGAAAAUGACAAAUAGCAGAGUUACAUAAAUGUCAUCAUUGAUAAAAUUGAUACAUUUCUGUCAUUGUGUGUAAAUAGCGUUAAGGAUGUUCACUACUCUUGAUUUUACCUUUUUGUCAGAUAUUCGGAAUCAUCUCUAGUUUUAUCCAUGUAGUGUUUAUAAAGAUUUUUCCCACUAGCACCUACUUUUCUCUUCAUAAUUAUUAUACCCCCGCUUUAAAAAAGUAGGGGUAUACUGUUUUACCUCUGUCUGUCCAUCCAUCAGUCUGUCAGUCCGUCAGUCCGUCCAUCUGUCCCAUGAAAAUUUUUCGUCGCAUUUUUCUCAGGAACUACAAUAAAAGGAUUUCUGAAAUUUGGUUUCAAGGUUUAUAUAAGUCGGCUUUACCGUGUGAUGCCUUUUCAGAUUCAUCACUUAACAACUUCCUGUUUACCGAACACUUGUAUCAUUUUACACAUGAUAGCCAAGUUGAAAAUUUUCUGCACAUUUUUCUCCGGAUCUACAAUAAAAGGAUUUCUGAAAUUUGGUUUCAGGGUUUAUAUAAGUCGGCUAUACCGUAUGAUGUGUUUUCAGAUUCAUCACUCAACAACUUCCUGUUUACCAAAAUAUUUGGGCGGGGGUAUCAUCAGUGAGCAGUAGCUCGCAGUUUCACUUGUUUUAUUACAUAUAGUUUAAAAAGCCAUUUUUAAAAAUCUUACGAAAUCCUUGUUAUUUUUUCCUAGUUUUUAAAGAAAAAUGGUGCUAAUGUUAAAUGAAUUGUAUGAAAAAUCUAGAGAGAAUUAUUUCCCGCCAAAUUUUCAAUUGAUUAUAUCUCAAAAAAAGAACACAGACCUUUCAUUUUAUUCUGCUUUUAAAGUUCUGUUAUUUAUAUACUUUCAAUUUUAACAGUCUUUUAAAAAGCUUGUUAUUUGAAACAGAGGAGCGAACAUCCUUAAAUAAUGUCCAUAAGAUAAACAGAAUUGUCUGAUUUGUAGGAUUGAAGGCUAGACACGGGUACUACUUAUCAACAACGGCAUGGUCAACAGUAACUAAUUUUUAAGUCUGUUUCAAGAUAAGAGAUUCUUUCAAAUUCAGAAUAAGUAUUUAUUAUAGGCAGUGUUAAUAGUUAUAACAUUGUUACAUUGUUACCAAGCCUCUACACAUCUCAGGUUUAAGUAGAAUGUGGGACCAGAGGCGGAUCCAGCCAUUUUUAAAAGGGGGGUUCCCAACCCAGGAUAAAGGGGGGGGGGGGGGGUUCCAACUAUAAGUACCCAUUCAAAUGCAUUGAUCGUAAAAAAAAAAGGAGGGGUUCCAACCCCCGGAACCCCACCCCCCGGAUCCGCCACUGGAGACCCAACAAACUCGGUACGACUUUUAUGUAACUAAAAUUUGUUUACAUUAUCUGGCUGUCAAGUUUCUGAUUCAAUUUUUUUCAUAAAUUCAAACAAACUGUUGACUCUUAGUAUUUAUUGUUUUACAAGUGUCCACAUUUCUCAGUUUCAGGAAAAAUGAGUGGACCUGCCUUCAGCCGUUCUCCAUUUAAUUUGCAAUUUUACAAGUCAAUAUCUUUAAUACAUAUUUGUAGUAGGUCAUCUUUAUUACACAAUUAAUUAAUUUUCAUUCAUAUUUCAGAAAUUAAUAUUUUUAAUUAAUAUGGCUACUUUAUGUAUGCUGUAAUGACUUUUGAAGCCUUUAAAUUUUCAUUUGUAAAGUUAACUGUGUGUGAGGUCCUUUAACAAUAUAACAAGAAAUUAAUAAUCUGGAAUAAUUUUGAUUUCUGAAAAAUUGAUAAGAAACAUAUGAUGAAAACUAAUCCAACUAAAAAGGUUAGCCAUGCGUGCAUGGAUUAGGUUCAGGUUACUUUCACUGAUAUCUCAGUAUGAACUAACUGACCUCCUUUGCCAUAUUAUGCAUGCAUGGCUAACCUUUCUUAAUUGGGAUGCGCCCUUAGGGUUGACAAUUUUGGAUAUACACCUUUUCAAUGGGACAUAAUUGCAUUGUUUUAUUAAUGCAGAUGUGUAUAUCAUUGUUUAAACUCAGUCUGUUGUAUAACUACGUUAUGGGUGAAAAGCAGGGGAGAUAAUUUUUUGUUUUGGCUUUAUUUUUAGACUUUAGUGUUCAUUGUUUAAGUUUGUGGUUGAUCAAGUCACUUGAUGUGAGUCAAGUCAUAUAUAAAAGACAUUUGUCUAGUCAAAUCUAUCAUAUAUAAAAGACAUUAGUCAAGUCAAAUCUAAACAACAUUAGUCAAGUCAAAUCUAAAUGACAUUAGUCAAGUCAAAUCAAAUGACAUAAAGAUGAUAAUCAAGUUAAAUCUAAAUGCACAUGUACUGCAGAAAGUGAUGCCUUUCAAGUUAUUAUGUUAAUUGUAUCAAUUAUUUUUCAUUUGCCAGAAAUGAGGGUCUGAAUGGUUUACAAAAUAAGAUAAAUGGGCCAAAAUUAUAAAGAAUUGAUUAAAAAGGGACCAAAAACAUAAAGAACAGAGAAUAAUUGGUAGAUAAAAUAAAAAGAAUACAGAAUAAUGGGCAAACAAUAAAAAGAAUGGAGAAUAAUGGCCUGAAAAAUACACAAAUGAAGGAUCCCCCAUUCAGACCCUCAGAAAUGUUGUAUCAUGUAAGGGCUUUUCCAGAAAAUACUAUGUCUCCCCAGGUAAGGCAUUUUUUUUUUUUUUUUAUGUGGGUGGUUUUAUUUGAAAUACCAAAAUGCAAAGGGAGUGUUGUUCUAAUUUAUUUUUAUUUCUGUGGGUGGUGGGAGUUAAAAAAAAGUUCCGUCCCUGAGGGGACAUAGUAUUUUCUGGAACAGCCCUUACAUGUUUGUUGAUUAUUAUAGACAAAAUUAUGUUUCUUUUUGUCAGUACAAAAAAUGUAUAUCUUUUGAGCAUUCUUACAAGAAAACAGGUGCAGUCACAGUUUUAAUUUUCAGGUGUAGUACUGGAUCAUAUUUAAUAGAAUAGCCUCCUGAAAAGUGCACAAUGAAUUUUUUUGUAAAAUCAAAGAUAUAUUUGAACAAAAUUUGUCAAGUCAUUUUUUGAUAUGAUUUUUCAUCAAAAAUUCAUAUUUCAAUGCAAAAUACCUAUAGUUUUUCUUAUGAUGAUUUUUUUAUAGAAUUAUGAUUUAAUAGUUUUCAUAAUGAUAAGUUAAGCACAAACAUAUUUAAUACGAUUUCAAAUGCUACUGUACUUUUUGCAGAAUUUGUUCAGUGUUCAUAUUUUUUUAAUCUGGAUUUACCGGUACUUUGCCUGAAUAGUACAACAUGUACAAUUAUAGAUAUUAAGAGUGUUUUUAUUUUAUAGAAACUGGAAGAAAAUAUUUCUGAAAGAAGACUAAUAGAUCUGAUGUUUGCUUUAAUGUGAUAAUUAUUAUUUUACUAUAGUUGCUUUUGCUUUUUAUCAAACUAUUAUUCUUUAUUUGAAUGUAUUUUUUUUUCAACUUUUACCAUAGAAUACAACAGGUUGUUCAACAUCUCAAUAAACGUCAUUAAAACAAAAUGAAAUUGUAAAAUCACUUCAGUAUGUAUUUAUGAUAAAGAAGGUUUUUGGUUUUCUAAACACCAACAAUCAAUCAAUCAAUCCAAAUAACAGUGAUUUUCCAGUGUUGAAACUGUCUUCUAUAUAGUCAAAUAAAUUUUAAUAUUUUGUAUCAUUUGUACUAGGCCCAUUUUAUUAAACUUGUGUACAUUUCAAAAGUUAUUGGUGAAAGUUUUGUUCAGCACACAUAAAGUAUCUUAAUAAUUGUUUGGGGUGUUUAUUGACAUUUUCAGAUAUCCUAGGCAACUCAGAGCAUCUUCCUCUAUGCUGCCACCUCCCAGGUUUCCUUCAAUAAACAUGUACCAAGUGGAUUCAUAUUUGGUUGACAUGUAAAAAAGGAAAAACUUUCAAGGUUAAUUUUUGCUAAUGCAUGAACAGGGUAACAGGACUUACCAAAAAUAUUGCACAUUGCAACACACCAAUAAUAUUAUGUUUAUAAUUGUUUAGACAAAUAUAACACCUGAAAUCCUUCCCUUCUAAUAUAAAUUUCGGGACCAUGUAGUAAUCGAUUUUUCUAUCAACCUUUCAUCUUUCCGUCCUUGUGUCCAAAACAAUUAGUUUCUGGAGAGUAACUUGAGUAUUCCUUGCUCGAUUGAAAUGAAACUUAUACAGAUGUAAGAUAUAGGAAAGGAAAGAAAUAUAUUGAUUUUGAGGUUAAUAGGUCAAGGGUCAAGAUCACUGCUACUAAAAAUUGGGAAAAAAAUGGAAAAAGGGUUUCCAGAUGGUUACGUUGAGCUUCCUGUUCUUAUACAGAUGGAAUAUAUAGGGAAAAGGGAGAAAUUGAUUAUGGGCUCAAUAAUUCAACGGUCAAUGUCACUAAAAAUGUUAUGGUUUCCAGGUGGUAGCUCAAGUUUGCUUUGAUUGAUUGAAAUGAUACUUAUACAGAUGGAAGAUAUAGUAAAGAAGAAGACAUCUUAUUUUGGGUUGACAGAUGUAUCAGAAUUUUACUGAUAAAUUUUACAUAUAAGAAAAGUUUAGGGCCUUUCUGUCUUGAAAUGUUUCAUUGAAUGAGUUGAUUGAUUGAUUGAUGUUUGCUUAACAUUCAGCGGCAUUGCAGUUUUAUUGAAGAAUUCACUAAGUUUUUAUGAUGAGGUGAAUUAGUAUUAAGUUAUGUCUAUUUGGAUAUACAUGCAGUAAAUUACAGUCCAUUAAUUUGCUGGUUAAUUUAUUUUAUUUUUUUGGGGGUGAAGGGGGGGGGGGGGGCUCCAAGCAGGUUAGGCAUAUCUCAAAAUAGAAUAAUACAUCAUCAAUUUAACCCUGGUAGUGAGAAAUAAAAUGAACUAACUGAAUAUUUUUACAUAUUUGUAAUGGUAUCUAUGUGCAAAAUAUAUAUUUAUUUAUAGAUCAAAAUAUACAAACUUUGCACUUUCUGGUAUAUGUACUGUAACCAUCUUUUCCAGGAUAUAGAAUUUAGUCCAAUAUACACUGUUUACUAUUGUUAAUUAUUUGUCAUUGGUUAUAUAUUUUGCUUUUCUAAUUAAAUGUGAUCAUUA